AAUAGAGCACGCUGCUUGCUAGUUUGAGAGAAGAAGGCUCGUACAUCGCUUUAUCUCUGCAUCGCUUUUGUACUUGGAAUUCAGACUCUAUUCGAUACUGCGGUACACACUCUUGUUGCGAUACCGUAAUAGAUAAUAAUUGGCGAUGCCGAGUAUGGUGACUGCCGACUCGGUUUUCCCCGAUUCAACAUCUUCGCAAAGCAAUAGCAACAGAGAGGCUCUCGAAUCCGCAGCUGUCGUCGGUGUAUCUAAUAGCAGUAGUAGUGUUGGCAGAAACGACAAUACAGAUGACCAGGUAGAUCAAGAUAAACUAGUAUUGUGGCAAGGGAUUGCAUUGUUGACUGCGGACUGUAUGGGCGUUGGCAUACUGGGAUUGCCAAAUGAAAUCAAAGUCCUGGGUUGGGCGGCUGGAUUGACCUUUCUGGUGGUCAACUGCCCCAUUAAUUUCUACGCGGGUAACUUGCUUUCGGUGCUGGCCUUGAAACUGGAGGCAGAUGACGGAACUGAACGUAACGGGACGGAUGUCUGCACCGACGCAAUGGAAGUGGAGCUUGCGGCAACGGCGAACAGCGCCGCGACAGGAGAUUCAAAUGUAAGAACUAUUCGAAAGAGAUUUUCAAAUAAGAAACAGUCCUAUCAGGGAUUGCCGCAGCAGCAUCGACAACUGGAUACAGGUGUAGCCGUCGUCCAGGAAAGCAUCUUCGACGAGGAAGAAGAUGUCGUGAUCAUCGAAAAUCACGACGAACCCAAACAUGAUGGCGAGGACGCGGAAUUUUCGGAAGGCUCAUUCCAAGACGAAAUGACCCCGCACGAUGGCGAAGUUGACUCAGAAACUGCAGCAGCUGGUGCUAUAUGGAUCCACACAAGCAACAGAGAUAACGACAAACAAACAUCGGACCUCAUUAAUAUCACAGCUGCCUUGUUUUCACCCGACAACACUCUCGCUGCUCGCACCUACACAGCCCUCGUCAAGAUUCUGUAUUACGUUAACUUGUUUUUGGUGUUGGGGGACUACAUACUCGUCAUGAGCCGAUCCGUUGCGGCAUUCAUUGGCGAGGAUAUUCUCUGUCUUCCUACAGCGGGAGCAAUUGCCAGUAUACUGAUGUUUGGUCUCUGCCAGUUUCGAACCAUGGCCAACCUGGGCCGUUCUGUUUCACUGGCCUCUCUGUUGGCACUUCUUAUAGUAAUUAUCCAAUGCCUCUUUCACCAUCGGCGCAAAAGCAGCACGGAGAACUACGCCACAGAUGUUCCGGAGACGCGAAGCCUGCUACAAGACGACGAGGGCAACGAGGAUGAUGAUGGCAUAUGGGGGAAGUUUUCGUCUCURGCCGGAAUCGGCUUUGCCGUAGGAUCGCAAAAACUCUUUUUGAACAUCCGCCACGAGCUCAAGCAUCGCGACGARGCUUCCAGGGUCCUCGCAGGAUCCUUGUUCACCUAUGGCUCGGCCUAUGUCKUGGUUGUGCUGUUGGCCGGGCCGGACCCUCCCUCGUUUCUGUUCGAUUCCAUUCCCGAUGGYUGGGGGAGAAAGAUGGCUGGGUUGCUUUUGUGGUUUCACGUGGCAGUGAGCUAUGCCAUCAACAGCCAGGCGCUCUGUGCCUCGUUGGAUCACUCUCURACGGMAGGAUCGUCGGUCCGAGGAACAUCGAUGCUSCCCUGGUUGGGCAAUCGCCGCCCCGCCGUUCGCUGGUUCGGCAUCACUCUAGUAGUUUCGCUUUCUUCUUACACUGUUUCGAAUGCGAUUCCCUUCUUCAAGGAUUUAGUCGCACUGAUUGGGGCUUUGACCAGCGUGCCACUAUCUUUGACACUUCCAGCAAUUUUGAAUCGAAAGUCAAAAAACAUUGCUCUCUUGCUGCCUGAUCGCUCUUGUCUUUCCACACGUUCCUAUUUUCUUCUGAUAUACUCAUUCAUAUUCUUGUCCAUCGGCCUUAUUGGAGCCUUGUCCGAGAUCGAAGAAGACUGGUUGAUUCAGGGGAAGCCAUUUGCUUGUCACUAGUAAUCAAUAGAAAAGAAUAAGGACU